AGAGGUUGGGCUGGUCGGGUAACCAUGGCACAGUUGAGAUUGUACCCCUGGAGUCCAGAGAACCCUAGAGAGAACAGGCUGUGCUCUUAUUUGUGCAUAUUGCUGCUCCUAACCUCACCCGUGCUUGUAUCUCAGACACAUAUCAGCUCAGGACAAGGGCACUCUGUUUAAGAGAGCUGUUUUAUAGACCUGAAACACACAAAAAGCAGAGAUUCAGUGAUAGUGGGAGCUUCCCACAUCAUGGAUGGAUGGAAAACCACAGGGAAGACCAUCAUGCCACAGCUGGUGGUGAAGAUUGUUGGUGGGAAACAAAUUAAGUAUUUUACUGAUGGGACAAAAAGUCCUACAGAUCAUCUUAAGGUAACAAACUGCUCGGAGCACAGACACAGUCCACCUAACAGAGUCACAGAUGGAGAUUCAAGCAGAAAAUCACCUUCUCAUGACCUGGAGCCUCUGAGACCAGUUGAGCACACAGAAAACCUGUUAGAUGCCCUCAGACAGGUUCCUGACAGACGGUGUGUGACGGCACCAUGUGGAGAUCGAUCACGAUCCUACAUACAUCUGAAGUCCACAACCAACAUGAGUUACACAAAACAACUCGUGCAAAAUCCUCAUAUUACAGAGGCACAGACAGAUGAGCCAAUUAAAUUCAGUCCAGAGUUCUGCCUCCUCUCAUCCGUCUCAGAGGAACUGCAGGAUCUGAAACCACAAACAUUCCAGAUCAUCGAGGAGGAAGUGACAUCACUCGAUCCGUCCCGAUCAGGAACCAUCCAUCAGUCAGAACUCACAUGUCUCUUCCUCAGACUGCAGCUCCCUCUGAAGCUCACUACACUGGCCUGUAUGUUCCAAUCCUUCAGUAACACCACCGACCCGGAGCAGGUGCACUAUCAAGACUUGCUGCAGUUCAUACAGAAAGCUGUACAAGAAGAAAAACAGCAAAGUGUUGAGGCAGAGACCUGGGAUGCGUCAGUGGCCAGUACUGACCUGGAAUCAGUGAACGACAGGAGCGAUGAGAAUGCAGAACAAAGAGAAACAUGGCUUCAGAGGUUCCACAAGAUGGAGAUGGCCUUACAAAUGUGUGACACCCAAAACACAGGUUAUGUGGACAGAGACCAAGCCAAACGCCUGCUACAGAACUACAACCUCAUCCUUGAUCUGAAUCUGAGUCCUCUGAAGGUCAGCGAGGUCACGCGUAACACUCAGCGAGAGGGCAAAGUUCACCUCGCAUCGGCUCUGCGGAAACUGAAGGAACUACACACCGCUUAA